ACCGUCUGGUGCACUGCAGUCUAUGAUUCACCUUUCGCCUGGAAAUAAAAACUGUUUUCAUUGUUUGAAAAAUAGCGUAGGCUACGCAUACAGCACAUUCUCCAUGAAAAUAAAUAUUGGUGAAGGGAAAACUUUUCGAAGUCCGCGCGUGGUCAAGGAAUUGUCAGUUAUGCUGUCAAGAGGACAACUCUGAGAUUCGUGACGUUCGUGCAUUACCUCAAACAGAGAUCUGCAGCUGGUCUCAAUAAGGAUGACAUUGUCCAACAACCAGACCUGGAGGUAACGCAAGGACGUCAGUCCCCCCUUCUCUCUGCAUCUGAGAGUGGAGAUGGUCCACUGGGCCACACAGUGGUUGACAUGUGUCUGGCUCCAGACUGUCUUGACCUCCACAUUGGACACCUGCCCCUCCACAACCCCUAGCCCUGUCAACUUCUCUGUGGUCUACACCAUGCCCUUCUUCCAAACAAAGAGCCCCAUCCAAAACAUAGUGACCAACUCAAUGUACCAGGAAGUGUAUGUGGCAUCUCAGAAUGUGAUCGAGGCUGUGAACAUGAGUUUGGAGAAGGUGUGGGAGCUUCCUACAGGCCCAGUGGGCGGCCCUGAGUGUAAGAUUUGUGAUUUGUGUGACGUUGACAAGGAUCCCAACUUCCUAGAGAACACUGACAAUGAGGUAUUAUUGUUGGAUACAUUCUUUAUGUAUUUAUACUCUUGUGGGAGUUCUCAAUAUGGUGUAUGCCAUUUCCACCAACUUAAGACAGAUGGACAACCACCCAAUAAGAAUUCAUCUAAAUGUUUAUUCAGAAAAGAAUCUAACUCUGCUGCCUAUUGUCCUGACUGCAUUGCCAGCCCGCUGGGCACCAAAGUCACCAUGGUGGAGGAGGGACAGACUGUAUACUUUUUUGUGGCUUCCACUGUAAAUGAUAGCAUGACACAGCGAUAUGACAGGAAGUCCAUAUCAGUGCGCCGACCAUUGGCGUCAGAAGACGGUUUUUACAAUGACGUGCGGGGACUGACCGUUCUGCCUAGCCUGCGCAGGACCUACAACAUUGAGUAUGUCUACAGCUUCUUCACCCAGGAGUUUGUCUACUUCCUGUCUGUCCAGAGAGAGAGCCCUGACCAAGAGUUCUCCCCGUUUCAGACGCGGCUGGGCCGCCUGCCGAGGAAUGAGUGGGAGAUGAGGAGGUACCGGGAGGUGGUUCUGGAGUGCCGGUUUGAACCCAAACGGAGGAGAAGGAACACGGUAAGCGGGAGUGAGGCCUUUAAGGAUGUGGUGUACAACAUGGUGCAGGCCGCACACUUCGGGAAGGCAGGCAGUGAGCUGGCGGAUGAAUUUGGAGCAGAGGAAGAGGAUGACAUCCUGUAUGGAGUGUUCGCUGUCACAGAUGACAAUAGGGUCACAGAGCACGACUCAGCCCUCUGUGCCUUUCCAAUGGACAAUGUGAACAAGGCCAUCGAUGACGGGGUGGAUGACUGCUGUAAGUCUGGCCCAGAGCAGCUGUCCCGGGGACUUUGCCACUUCCAGGCCUGCGAGAGCUGUCCUCAUGAGAGCAUGGAGAACAACGCCACCUGCAGGGACCACCCCACCAUGGUGUCUAAGCCCUAUUACAGAGUGGACCUCUUCAACAGGCAGAUGAAUGACAUCCUGCUCACCUCCCUGCUUGUCACCACCAUAGAGAACAAGACCGUGGCACACAUUGGCACAUCCACUGGACGGCUCCUCCAGCUUGUUUUGAGAAGAUCAAGCCCUAUUAUCUUUGCCAAUUACACCUUGGUAGAGAACCAGAGGGUCUCCCCAAUUGCUGCUGUGUACUCGUCAGAAUCUCUACUGUUUGUGGUUGGAGACAAGGUGAUCCAGGUGCCUCAGAGGGGGCCAGGCUGCCAGCACUUCAUGACCUGUGCCAUGUGCCUGACAGCCCCUGAGUUUAUGGUCUGUGGCUGGUGCUCUGGAGAGUGUUCCUGGGAGGAGGAGUGCAGUGGCCACUGGAGGAACGAGUCUUGCCCCCCUGGUAUUACCGAGUUCUUCCCUAAGACAGCUCCCCCUGAUGGUCAAUCAGAGCUGACUCUGUGUGGCUGGGAGUUUCAGUCUCCCCUGAGGCCUGCCAUCAGCUCCAGAACCCACCUGGUGAGACUGGGACAGACAGCCUGCGUCGUGCUGCCACUGAAGAGCAACAACACACACCUGGUGUGUAAGAUCCACUCUGGGCCCAUUGAGCUGUCCAAAUCAGUUAACAUCACUGUGGAGGUGCAUGAGGAGAAGAUGGAGGGCCGCUACUCCAUCGACGGGAAAUCAGAAAUGCCAGGAUUUACCUUUGUGAUUCCCAACAUCACAGACAUCCAGCCCAACUACGGGCCUCGUGUUGGGGGAACUCUGAUUACUGUGACUGGGCCUCACCUGGACGCUGGGAAGAACAGGAGGGUCACUCUGAAUGGAGAUCCCUGCCCAAUCACCAGUGUCACAGCGCCCAGAGGGAACAUGUCCUCCAUCAUCUGUCUGUCUCAGCCCAUCGCGGAGGUGAGGGACGUCCCCCUCACUGUGUUCAUAGACAAGUCCCCUGUCCUCACCACCAAAGUCUUCUACUACAAAGAAAACCCAGAGGUCACAGCUGUCCUCCCAGACUGCAGUUUCGACAGGGGGUCAAAGAUAAUCAUUGAAGGGAAGAACUUGGACUCUGUUUACAGGACCAUCAUCCGCUUUAAGCCCAACGAGGGCCACCUGAAGCCUGUCAUCAGAGUGUGCAAAGGCAAGUCUUUGCCUACACGGAUGGAGUGCAUAACUCCUGCUCUCCUCCGGGAAGAAACAGAGGAAGGGGAGCUCUCCUUUGAUAUGGAUGGAGCUGUUGGACUGUGGAAUGGAGAGUUCUCCUACCACCCCUAUGGCGAGCCCAUACCCUUUGAAACUGAGGGCCAUGUACUUAGGCUGUACCAUGGGCAAGAUGAAGUGUCACUGCAUCACCAGAAACUGAACCUUGUGAGUUCCUGCAUGACAAUCAUUAUGACAGUGGGAGGAGUGGAUUGUGACGCGAAAGUCCUGGACAAUGAAAUCACCUGCAGGAUCCCCAGAAACGUGACCAUCAGUGAAGGACUGCCUGUGAAGAUCUCCAUCAAUGGGCAGGUUCACAACGUUGGGGCUGUGGUCCUGGUCAGUAAUCACUACAUGGUGGGCAUCGUACUGGGGAUACUGGGGGCCCUGGUGGCGGGGGCUGUGCUGGCCUUCGUAGUCAUGAAGCACCUGAGGAAGCAGAAGAAAGACUCUCAGGUGGAGACCCAUUUGGCCCAAAACCACAACCGCUCCAACAGCAGUAGUCUGGAACUGUCAUCUGUAGCUGACUACAGAAGAGUAGUCCUGCCUCAGAGGCCAAGUUCGGCUCUGGGAAGCCCAGUGGUGUUCCCCAGUCUGGCCUACCCUGCAGGCAGAAUGGACCCCACACUCACCCCCCUCCUACCCCCUGAGAAGAUAUCCAUCUCCAGCUUCAGACCAGAGCUCCUGGAAGAGGUGAAGGAUGUGCUGAUCCCAGCAGAAAUGCUCACUGUCCAGCAUUGCCAGAUCAUUGGCAAGGGUCACUUUGGCACAGUUUAUCAUGGCUACUUCACAGACCACAACAACAGAGAAAUCCAUUGUGCUGUCAAGUCAUUGAACAGAAUAACGGAUGUAGAGGAGGUAGAGCAGUUUCUGAAGGAGGGCAUCCUGAUGAAGGGGUUCCAUCACACCAAUGUUCUCUCUCUGCUGGGCAUCCUGUUGCCUCAGGAAGGGCUACCCCUGGUGGUACUACCUUAUAUGAAACACGGGGACCUCCGCCACUUCAUACGCUGUGAGAAAAGGAACCCCACAGUGAAGGACCUGAUUGGCUUUGGGCUUCAGGUUGCCAAGGGAAUGGAGUACUUAGCACAUAUGAAGUUUGUGCACAGAGACCUUGCAGCACGCAACUGCAUGCUGGAUGAGUCGUACACCGUGAAGGUGGCAGACUUCGGCAUGGCCAGGGAUGUGUUUGAUAAGGAGUACUACAGCAUUCAGGACCACAGGAAGGCUAAGUUGCCAGUCAAGUGGAUGGCCAUCGAGAGCCUCCAGACACAGAAAUUCACUGCCAAGUCAGACGUAUGGUCCUUUGGGGUGUUGAUGUGGGAGAUGUUAACGAGAGGAGCAAGCCCCUACCCAGAGGUGGACCCCUAUGACAUCACACAUUACCUACUGAAGGGCAGGAGACUCCCCCAACCACAGUUCUGUCCUGACCCUUUGUAUGCCAUCAUGCUGCAGUGUUGGGACCCAGACCCAGAAGUGAGGCCCAGCUUCGCCACGCUGGUGUCUGCUGUGCUGACCAUCCUGUCUGGCCUGGAGGGGGAGCACUACAUCAACCUCAAGGUCACCUAUGUCAACCUGGACCAGCCACGCCCCUAUCCCGCCCUCACUGAGUCCGCAGACGAGUGUGAUUCCUCAGACACUGAAGACACACGCUCAGUGUCCUGAUGUCACACCAGGACAGUCAGUGAGUCAACACAGGAAGGAGCAAUGGAUGGAUAGUUCAUUUAUUUCCAAAGCUGCAAUGAUGUGACACACACAGUAUGGAUGAAUGGUCAGUAGUCGAUGGGAUAUAAAUAGCACUCCCACAGCAAUUCUUCAUAAAUCUGCUGUGUAAUAUAUUAACAAAAAAAAACAAUUGAAAUGUCUAUCAAAGUCAUUGUGAUUUCUAAAAAUUCCUAAUUUCUAACUAUAAUAAAAUAAAUACAUUGUUUCCAUGUGUAAUCUCAUUUACAACAUCACAAUAAACUAUCAUCCAUUUUAGUAUCCAAAAUAUAUAAACUUAACCUGAACAAAUUGUCACAUUUGUGGUGAAGGAAUAUAAUAUACCUAGAAUGUGCCACAUAUUUUCCUAAACUAACAAAACCAGGCUGUUAAACUGGCUGAUGCUCAUGAGUUUAUAAAACAUAUACUUUAUACAUUUGUCAUAAAUGACCUGCAAUGAUGGGAUACACACAGUAUGGAUGAAUGGUCAGUAGUCUACAAGAUAUAAAUAUCAAUCCUAAAGAAGAUGCAUUUUCGAGUUAGCUACCAACGUCAAAGUGGGAAUUUUUAGCUUGCUUAAAACCCACAUGGAAAACUGAGAUUCCGCAAAUAACGAAUAUAGAGUGGCUUAUUUAAUGCCAAGCCAACAAUAGUAGUUACUAAUAACAUAAAUCUACUACUUCCGGCGCCGACAGAGAUGGCCGCCUCGCUUCGCGUUCCUAGGAAACUAUGCAGUUUUUUGUUUUUUUACUUGUUAUUUCUUACAUUAGUACCCCAGGUCAUCUUAGGUUUCAUUACAUACAGUCGAGAAGAACUACUGAAUAUAAGAGCAGCAUCAACUCACCAUCAGUACGACCAAGAAUAUGACUUUCGCGAAGCGGAUCCUGUGUUCUGCCUUUCACCCAGGACAACGGAAUGGAUCCCAGCCGGCGACCCAAAAAAACGACUUCGUAAAAGAGGGAAUGAAGCGGUCUUCUGGUCAGACUCCGGAGACGGGCACAUCGCGCACCACUCCCUAGUAUACUUCUCGCCAAUGUCCAGUCUCUUGACAGCAAGGUUGAUGAAAUCCGAGCAAGGGUAGCAUUCCAGAGGGACAUCAGAGACUGUAACGUUCUUUGCUUCACGGAAAUAUGGCUCACUGGAGAGACGCUAUCGGAGUCGGUGCAGCCAGCUGGUUUCUCCACGCAUCGCGCUGACAGAAACAAACAUCUUUCUGGUAAGAAGAGGGGCGGGGGCGUAUGCCUUAUGGCUAACGAGACGUGGUGUGAUCACAAAAACAUACAGGAACUCAAAUCCUUCUGUUCACCUGAUUUAGAAUUCCUCACAAUCAAAUGUCGACCGCAUUAUCUACCAAGGGAAUUCUCUUCGAUUAUAAUCACAGCCGUAUAUAUUCCCCCCCAAGCAGACACAUUGAUGGCUCUGAACGAACUUUAUACAUCCUGAGGCUGCAUUCAUUGUAGCUGGGGAUUUUAACAAGGCUAAUCUGAAAACAAGACUCCCUAAAUUGUAUCAGCAUAUCGAUUGCGCAACCAGGGCUGGCAAAACCUUGGAUGAUUGCUAUUCUAACUUCCGCGACGCAUAUAAGGCCCUGCCCCGCCCUCCUUUUGGAAAAGCUGACCAUGACUCCAUUUUGUUGAUCCCUGCAUACAGACAGAUACUAAAACAAGAAGCUCCCACGCUGAGGUCUGUCCAACGCUGGUCCGACCAAUCUGAUUCCACACUCCAAGACUGCUUCUAUUGCGUCAGACAACAACAUUGACGAAUACGCUGAUUUGGUGUGCGAGUUCAUUAGAACGUGCGUUGAAGAUGUCGUUCCCAUAGCAACGAUUAAAACAUUCCCAAACCAGAAACCGUGGAUUGAUGGCAGCAUUUGCGUGAAACUGAAAGCGCGAACCACUGCUUUUAAUCAGGGCAAGUUGACCGGAAACAUGACCAAACACAAACAGUGUAGCUAUUCCCUCCGCAAGGCAAUCAAACUAGCUAAGCGUCAGUAUAGAGACAAAGAAGAAUCUCAAUUCAACGGCUCAGACACAAGAGGUAUGUGGCAGGGUCUACAGUCAAUCACGGAUUACAAAAAGAAAACCAGCCCCGUCAUGGACCAGGAUGUCUUGCUCCCAGGUAGACUAAAUCACUUUUUUGCCCGCUUUGAGGACAAUACAGUGCCACUGACAUGGCCUGCAACGAAAACAUGCGGAUUCUCCUUCACUGCAGCCGAGGUGAGUAAAACAUUUAAACGUGUUAACCCUCGCAAGGCUGCAGGCCCAGACGGCAUCCCCAGCCGCGCCC